UGAGGUGUUGAUCAGCUAAGGAUCCGUCUUAUCAUUGCGACCUGAGAUAGCGUGCAAUAUUAACCACCACCUUUGCCCUGGGGUUAUAAUCCAUGUCACUGUAGCUCCAGGUCUCUUAUGAAGACCGACGUGUUAUCUGUCCGAGCACCCUUCCACAACCGUCAUGCGCUCCUGUUAAGAUAGCAGAGGACGGCUUUGUUAAUGAAACUGUGAUGAAAUGGCCCCUUCAGAAGAAAGAGUACAGAGGGAUGAGUGGGCAAGCCUUAAGCUCCAAAGGUGAAAAACGUACAGGCUAAAUAUUUCCUAAUGCUAAUUUUACUCUGGCCAAGAAGUUUUUCCAUGAACAAUCCUAAUCAAGAAGCAUUAGGAAAUAAGCAGGGCAAGUGUGGGCUUAUAGCAUUCACGGGGAAGAAAACUAUGCAGUAAGCUAUUUCCCACACUUCUGCAGAGCUUUUUAAUCGUUCUUGCUAAUACAAACUGGUAGGAAUGCUGAAAAGGUAAUAACAGAUGAGGCACAGCGCACAGCUGCUUUGCUGGAACAUCCGUUGCGUGUUAGUAUGAGCAUGUGUCUUUUAGGAGCUAUUGUGAUUGAUGUAAUUUUGCUAUUUAGGGAAAUAAAAACACCUUACAAAAGCUGAGGGAGUCACAAAUGACAGAGAAAGCAAUGCUCUAUUGCCAACGCCACUGCAAGGGGAUAUAGGUGGGUUUAUGUUGCGUGUGAGAGUCUUUCAGUUGGUCUUAGUCCCAUGCAUGCUCUGUUACCAGGUCUCCCACGGGAUCACCCGGAAAGUUACCAUUCCUUCAUGUGGAAUAACUUCUUUAAGCAUAUUGACAUCUCGGCAGAAAACGUUCACAUUUUGGAUGGAAAUGCACCUGAUCUACAGGCAGAGUGUGACGCAUUUGAGGAUAAAAUCAAAGCCGCUGGAGGAAUUGAACUCUUUGUUGGAGGUAUCGGCCCAGAUGGUCACAUUGCCUUCAAUGAGCCUGGAUCAAGUUUGGUAUCCAGGACGCGAGUGAAGACCUUGGCUAUGGACACAAUAUUGGCUAACGCCAGGUUCUUUGAUGGUGACCUUUCCAAAGUCCCCACAAUGGCUUUGACGGUCGGAGUGGGCACUGUCAUGGAUGCCAGAGAGGUGAUGAUUCUUAUCACAGGAGCCCACAAAGCCUUUGCUUUGUACAAAGCCAUCGAAGAAGGUGUCAACCACAUGUGGACAGUAUCUGCCUUCCAGCAACACCCCAACACUGUCUUUGUGUGUGAUGAGGAUGCCACACUGGAACUCAAAGUUAAGACAGUGAAAUACUUUAAAGGUUUAAUGCUGGUUCACAACAAGCUUGUGGAACCCUUAUACAGCAUGAAGGAGACGGGAGCAGAAAGAAGCCAGUCUAAGAAGCCAUACAGCGAUUAAUCUCUUGCUGUUCAGAG